AUGGAGGCAUUGAGCAACUUCUUCAGCAUUUUCCUUGACUUGCCGGCCAACUGGCAUCAUUAUAUUGGGCAACAUUUCGCGAAUGAUCCUCGGGUGAAAGACUGGCCGCUCAUGGGUGGGGCGCACGUGCCGAUCGUGCUCAUGGUCGGCUACGUGGCCAUGAUCGUCUACGGCCCGGGUUACAUGGAAUCCCGGAAACCCGUCGACCUCAAACCCAUCAUGCGCAUUUACAACUUCACCCAGGUCGUUGUGUCCGCCUAUAUCUUCAGCGAGUUUGCGACACUACUGGCCUUCGGGCCGUACGCGCUCAAGUGUUCCGCCGUCGAUCGGUCCGAGAAACCUCAUGCCAUGCGGAUGGCGAGAGCAGUGUGGCUGUUCAUGCUUUCCAAGAUGAUUGAUCUUUUGGACACUGUUUUCCUGAUCCUGAGGAAGAAGUACAGUCAGAUCUCCUUCCUCCAUGUUUAUCACCAUUGUUCUAUGGUGGCCAACUUCUGGGGAGCUGCUUACAUGGCACCAGGAGGACACACAUACAUCAUAGGACUGUUCAAUUCGUUGGUGCACGUGGUGAUGUACACCUACUACUACAUGGCAUCCCUGGGACCGAGGUUCCAGAAGUAUCUGUGGUGGAAACGCUACUUGACUCAGCUGCAACUCGCCCAGUUCUUCACCAUGAUGUUUCUCACGUGCGAGGGCCUGUACAACCAGUGCAAUUUCCCGCCGGUGUUCCUUUGGUGGGUCAUGGCCUACCUGACUUCCCUCGUCAUCCUCUUCUCCAACUUCUACAUCCAAGAGUACAUUAAGCGACGUCGGGGUGAAGGGUUCGUCACCUAUGUCAAAACCAUCAUGGAUAAUGGCGGGUCCAUGCGCACGUUGUGUAUACAGAAGGUGGACGAAUCCAACUCGCAUUCAGCAGCACCCACUGUUGCGCCCAGCAAUGGCACCAUAAUCACCAAUGGUGCUGGUGCUCACCAGGCGAUCAACGGUUGUAAAAAGGUCAACUAA